GGCUGCAGAUGAGCGGAGCCCGCGCGGGCGGGGGGGCGGCCGGGGCAGCGCCGCCGGGGCCGGGUCGGCGGCCGGCGCACUAUGCGAGGCCGGGAGGAUGGCGGUGGAAGCUAUCCAUUGCAAUCUGAAUCCAAAUGGUAUUGAUCACCCUGUCCCCACAGAAGGUAUUAAUCUGCAACUUGAAGGUGAAGGAGUUGAAUCACCCGCAGUUAAGAACACUGGUACUCCAAAAGGGCCUGAGUCAAAAGAGACACCCAAGAGACAAGUGGAACCAGAAAUAUCUAAGUCUGGGACUGUGAAGCUGACCAAGCCUGUGGCGUUAUGGACCCAGCAGGAUGUCUGCAAAUGGCUGAAGAAACAUUGCCCUAAUCAGUAUCAAAUCUACAGUGAGUCUUUCAAACAGCACGACAUAACUGGCCGUGCUUUGCUGAGACUUACAGACAAAAAGCUUGAACGAAUGGGCAUUGCCCAGGAAAGCCUGCGACAGCACAUUCUGCAGCAAGUCCUUCAGCUGAAGGUGAGAGAAGAAGUCCGAAACCUCCAGCUGCUUACACAAGCCCCAGCGGAGAGCUCUCCAUAAGCAUUUCCAGCCUCUAAAGCUGCUGUCCUGCCACUUGAUAUGAAAGUGAACUUUCCUUCAUGAAAAAACCACAAUAAAUGGCGCUGCCAGAAGAUGACUAUGGAGGAUUGAAGACAAACUUGAAGUAAAAUCAGCCCACUCAGCUGAUACAUUCUAGGGAGACCUGGUUUGCUGUGGAGUAAAUAUGUGGUGCAAAAUAUCCAGUGCUAAUUUGUUGAAAAUGGUCAUUGACAGACCUUUAGCUGGAAAAUUUUUUCCAGUCUUCAUCACUGUGCAUAACUUUUGAGUUCCCUUUAGGGGACUGUCUAUGCCCUUCACUAGAAGUCCUGUUUUAGCAUGGCAACUACUGGAUUCUUUUAUUAUGUAUGCAGAUGGCAUGAUGUUUUAGGAAAAAAAAACAAUUCUCCAAUCUCAGUGGAUAUGUUCACAAUAUUACACCCUGAUAGGAAUGUAAACGUCUUGUAUGUGUUAGUUUUGCAGUCUAAUGGUGUUCUGUUAAACGRUAUCAGCACUUCAUAUGUGCUUUUCUCACAGAACUAGCACAGUCCAUAUAUAUAAUGGUCUUUUUUUAAAAUACUGAGGGUAUGUUUCAGUGUUUGUGCUGAGACUGCAUCCAAACUGAAGCCCAAUACUAGCAUCCCAUCACUGAUUCACAGUAGGUUGUGUAGAUAGAUUUGCACGUGGCAGAGAUGUGACUUCUUUUAUCAAGACUUAGGGAACAGCUGUCACAGAGGUAGCCAAGAGCAGGGUAGGUUGAAUGAGCUGUGGACACUGUGUCUGCUCUCCCUCUCACCCACCAAAUAUCCAAGGCUCUCGUUUCUAGUGUGCCAGUGUGUUUUCGAACUCAGUGAGGGAAAGGCAAGGGAGAGAGCCUUUCUCAGAUGUGUGUGUGACCCUGGGUUUGGUCUGCAAUAAAACCAGAAUAAACUGGAAGAAUUCAGGUUCUUUAUGCUGGCCACCACUUAUGUUUUGGGCAGGGCUGGGAAAUUGUAGUCCAAACCAAACUCUCUGAAAAAGGUGAAAUGUAAGAUUAUACUUCUAAGGAGCAAGACACUCCCUUUGGAGAGGGCAGAUUUCUUCAUUAACUUUUUCCACUUUCUACCCAAAGUAGUAUUUUGGUAGGAACUGGGAAUAAGCAAAAGGUUCCAAUAAGCCUUUCAAUAUACUGUAGCAGGCUCAAGACUGUUGCAUUCAAUCUGAACGUUGUUUUUUGUUCAGUCUCUGAAUGGCUGACCUCAUCACUGGUUGUACCACAGCUGGCUGUGGUGCUGUUUCUUCCAUGGGGACUCAGUGGAAUUAGUGUCUGUCCCUUACAUCAGGACUUUCUUGGCACACUAUUUAUAAUGAACUGAUGUCAUCAACACACUGAGGGGCUUACCUGUUUGUUCCUUCUUUCUUUAAUAUCAAAGGUAGCUUUUUUGUGUGAAGACUGUCACUCUCUCCAGCCUGAUAAACAGGUACUGUAGAGCUGCUGUUAGCAUUUAUUCCAAACUGAGGGUGACACAAUGCUGUGUGAAGAUUGAAAGAUGUGCAGCUAGAGUUAAGUGAAAGGCACCUUUCUGGAGGAAGCUCCUGUGCUACAAUUUUUAAAAACUAUUGUUCAGUUCAUUGCUAGAGAAUGGAAGGUGCCACUGAGGGUGCCUGUAUAAAAGAUAAUUAUCUUCAGGGUUUAAUUUUUUUCAGAUGGUUAUGGGCUUAGGUUUCAGCUCUCCACCCAUCUCAGAUUCAGCAUGGUGGAUACUUCUAUAGUAUUCAGUCCAAAAGCAAAUUAUUUUUACUGGUGACCAAGAUUUUCAGAAGUUGCUAGUGAUUUUUAAUGGUUUGUGUCUUUUCAUGGGUUUUCAAAUAGAGCUCCCAAGAAUUACAGAGCAGUAAGUUUCUACAUUCUCUUUUUGAAAAUCCUGGUCCCUAAUUUCAAAUUAAUUGGUGUAAAAAUUCUCUUUAAAACAUAAGGAUGUUUGCCAAUUGCAACAUUUGCACUUUUUAGAGCUUUUCAUAGGGUUGCAGGUUGGAAUCUGAUACCAAUAGAGCCGGCCAUGUGCAUGGCACAGGUCCACUGUAAGCUUCAGCAAAUUUUACAGCUCUUUCUGCUACAGGUUUUAAAAAUGCACUCUGGCAACUGACAUCAAUUUCAUGUUGGUAAAGCAAUUAAAAACAAAAUACUUUGAUUGAUAUGUUAAAUUAAAAAGAGAAUGCUAUACUUCUACAGUAGAAAAUUCUCUUAUUUUACUACCCAGUGAAAAAAAUCCAAAAUAAUUUGAAUGAUAAAAGAAGAGUUUAUCAGAGAGUCUUAUCUUAAAAGGGUGUUUGAGAAGAAGUUGCGUUAGGCAGAGAGCCACUAGAAGCUUUUUUUGUAUCAGUGUUAGUUUUGAACAUCUUCCAGUAUAUGGGCAUGAAUUUAGAUGUGUGCACUUCUCCUGUUAAAACAGUUUGUUUUAAAAGCUUCCCAGGAUUUUAGCUAUGGUGACCUAGAAAAGCAGUGUUAUAGGCCCUGAGAAAUGUGAAAAUCAAGUCCAGACCCUUGAGUAGCCAGACUCGGAGAGAAGUCUGCUGUAGGUGCCUAUCGGACAAAGCUCCUUUGAAGCUGGUGUAGGUCCCCAUCCUGCAGCCAGCCUAUGCAUGUGGAUAACUGCAAGCAUAGCUCCCCCGAGCCCCGUGACACUUCUCACGUGUGUAACUGUCUGCCAGAGCCAUAAGGAAAUAACUGUACUUUUUGGCUUGUAUUUAACUAUUCAUUGUGUUUGGGUUUUUUUAAUCACUGUUAUUCUCCCAAAGUAGGCCAUGCUUCCUCAGGGAUAUUUAUGAAAUUGUUCUACAUCUCCUGAACAACUAUCUGGAUCCCAGCACAUUCUUCUGAAAAGUUUUUAGUAUAAAUAAACAUGUGGGAGAGAUUUUUGUUAUUAUGAAUGGGGGCAGGUACUGUGUUCUCGGAAAAGCUGUUGAGUGCAGACAAUCAAGUCUAUUGCAUAUUUUAUGCCGAACACCUUAUUAAUAGCAGACAUAUCCGCUUUUGCCUGGGUUGCAGGAACAGUUCAGGGGAAAGAAUGCUUUAUCUCUAGUCAAUAAAUCAUUUAUGUCAAGAGUGCCAAAGACCAAGUCAACAUGAAAGGGAGCAAAUAAGUUAUUCCGGCAAAGGAAGUGAAUUUCAAUACGCUCAGAGCCAUUAGUUCAGUGCAAAAGAGUGGAAGAGUAACGCUGUUUUGCUAAAGCAGCCAUUAUCAGCCUGUGGAGAUAGAUAAAUUCGUGAAGGCCAUGCUGCUGUUCCAUUGAGCACCAGUUAUUAUCUGUGAGACAAGGCAGGACCCUKUUCCCUGUGCAGGACCUGCAGUCCCCUCCCAGCCUGGAGCCUGUCMCUGUCACCACACUCACCUCAUUUCUUUGUGUCCAGGUUGCAGCAUCAGACYCCACUAAAGGUCCCUGUCAGAAACUCAGCCUUUCCAAGUGCAUCACACCAGGAAAAGUCCUCCACUAGAAACCUGAAGGAAUUGCUCACCCCAGAGAGCACRUGGCAGCUCAGAGCAUCCUUUGCACUUUUUUUUUCCUYGKUUYUUUUUCAUCUGGGUGGCUUUCUGUGCCUGAACACCCGCUCUUUAUUCUGUUAAGGGAAAGGCAGUUUUCCAGGAGGGGAGUUUGGAAUAGCUCCAUGAGCUCUUCGGUUUUGCUUGUCCGGAUGCGUGGCAAUGCUGUAACAGUGAGUUCAUCCCUCCCUGUCUCUUCCUUAGGGUAAGUGUUGCCACUGAGCAGCAGCUUCAACAUCAUUGAGGAAAUGAAACCAUUAAAAACUACAAAAUUCUGGGUUUGCCAUGAAUUGUUGGAAGACCCCAUGCCAGGCCCCAGCAGAUUUACAUUGGCAGUACUCCAUCACAGCCUCCAGAGAUGAGUUGAUCAGUGCCAGCCAAGGAGCCAGGAUCAAGGUGGGGUUUUUUGCCAUCACCAAAAUGAAMCUCCCUACACCUGCCACAAAGCCAAAAGAUCUGCAUUAUUCAAAAGCAAAGAAAAACCCUGCAUCUUUCACAUUGGUCCCCUUCAACAGUUACCAUCUCUGCCAUCAGAGUCUCCUUGAACAGCUCUGCUGCAGGACUGCAAUUGCCCCUGGUAUAUAUAGGCUGUCAAUAAGAUUUUAAUUUAAAAAGAGAAGGUCCUUURUUAUAAUUAAAAUUGAUGGGUGAGGUGAAGAUAUUACCAGCAUUACCUGCAACCUCCUAUAAUAAAAUUCAGGAGAGUGAUCUGGAGUGCAAAAAAACCCACCAACAUAAUGUAUGGGUGAUUAGGCAGGCUCAUGAGGAUAAAUCAGCAAGUAAGAAAAGUAGAUGCUUAAUGAGGGAAACCAAAAAUAUAUGAGAACUCAGUGGCAAAUAGGUUAGGGCUGGUUACACCAAAGAGUUUACAUAUAUCCUAAUAAAUACCGUCAAAGCUAACUGUGAUGUUAGACAGACCCAGCACAGAGAUUGCUCACACUACAUUGAAAACCCAACAAAUAAUUGUGUUUUAUAUUUGAAAGCAGUGGAAGGAGGGAGUCAGAUUACACAUUAAAAUAUUACUCCUCCUACUCCAUCAGUAAUUACAGGUAAUAUUAGGCAGUAACUAUCCAAACAUAAUUUUUAAUUUGUAGAACCAUUAACUGAAGCCAAAAGUGAAGGAAAACUUGCCUAAGACUCCUGAGAACCAAAAAGCAUAAAGGAAGCUUCAAAUGACACCAAACCCACAGUAGUUCAAAGAACUAGUGGUUUGAUCCAGAAAACUAUAGGCUCAUUAGCUUCCUAUCAGUCUUCGGCGAAAUCACAAAAAAGUUGAUACGGUGUGAUCAUUAGAGCAGUUAAAAAUUGAUAAAACCCUCCAAAUUACUUUUAUAAAACUUUAUCAUGCCAAAUAAACUUAUUAUUUUUUGUGAUAUCAAAGGAUUGUUGAGAAAAGAAGCUCUGCUGGUAUACUGUACUUAGCCUCCUAUUGAGGAGUUGAUUCUGAUAAAGAACAAAAUAGCACGAUGCAAUAUCACCCAUAUUAAGUGGAUUAAAACUGGUUACCGGCUAGAUCACAAAAAAUAGCUGUAAAUAUGAAUUAUUCUUAGUGAGACUAUUUCUGAUGAGCUCCUCCCAAGGUAUGCUGUAUUUUCAAUAUACCCCCCAGGGAAAGAGAAAAUUACUGUUGGCAGCAGCCAGAGAUGACAAAAACAGGGGCAUGAUAAAUAAUCAUAUGAGCUGGUCAGUGGUGGAAAACAACCUGGAGGACAGAAAAGUUAAAAAUCCASGAGAGAUGGCAGCAAGUCCAACUUAGAAGCAUGGGGAGUAUGUCUGCAAUAAUACAGUGGUUGUGAAGGUGUCAUAAAUUACCCAUUCAGCAGCAGCCCCAGAGAUGCUCUUGCCUGCUGGGAUGUAGGACCUGGCAAUAGUGAUGCCAGUCCAGUUUGUUUGGUCACUGUCAGUCUUUCAAAAAGGGUAUAUACAACUUGGAAAAAUUAUUUUCCAUAGUUCCCAGUGUCAUUCAAGGGCAGGAAAACAGGUCUUAUUAUAGUGUCAGACUAAUGAAGCUCCAGCUAUUCAUUUAUCAGAGGCAAUUUGAAGAGAUGACUUGAUCUCCGUCUGCAAUCACAAUCUUCUGCCUGGGCAGGGAAGUGCUGUCUGAAGGCAGGUAGCUCUUCUGUUUAGAAGAAAAGGRAAUGAUGUGUUCUACUGGUUGGAAAUGGAUUUCAGGCUAGAAAUUAAGUGAAAAUACUCAACAGGGAGAAUGAUUACCCAUGGAGACAACUUACUUAGUUACCUGGCAUGUUCUCCAUCACAUAAAGUCUUUAAAUGUAUGCAGAGUAUUUUUCUAAGCCAAUAAGCUCUACCUCAAACUGAAAUCCAGGCUCGGUGCAGCAUUUACUGGAUGAAGUUAUUAGGCAUGUGUUAUGCAAGGAUUAGACUAGAUCAUCAGAUGUAAACUUCAGAAUUAAAAAUACCCUGAAAUUUCCAAUAUUCAAGGAAGGCAGGGCAAUCAAUAUCUUUUUUUCCCUCCCCACAAAAUAGUAUCAAUUUAAACAGCUUCUGUGGAAAGCUGUACAUUUGGUAUGAGCAUCAGUAGGUCUGCUCACAGUUGUAAGGUUCUGCUGCACAUAAUUAAAGGAAAAGAACUGGACAAGAAAGGACAACAAAACCCUUGGACAUACCAAGAGUCUGUAGCCUUUCAUUGAUAGCAGCUUGGGAUAAAAUAUUGCAUGCAAAUGAUGGAUCCAUGUGGAUGUGUAGUCAAAGCAAGGAAUAACAGCUGUGGGUUUGCCUCUUAAGGAGGGAGCAUCUUGCUGGCAAGAAGSAGAUUUUCCUGCCUGCAACAACUGGCAGAGAAGCUGCAGUGAGAUGGAGAGGGCGAUUGUACCACUGUGAGGCUGAGCACAGUACACAAAGACAGCAAACUUCUGCUCUCAUGACAAGCCCCAUUGGAGAUGGUUAAUAAAGCCCUGGAAAUGAAAUGGCAUCAGUGGGAUUACCCAGAGAACUGACAGCUGCUCCCAGCAGUGGGGUUUUGCCAGACUGGGUCCUGUUACCACUGGCUGAUUUGAAUGUUGUACUUUAGAAAUAAAGCAGAGGAGUCUGAUUAAAUAAUAAACUCGGUGUCUGAUUCAGAUUGCACUGAACCACUUGAUGGGUGCAAGGCAAGUGUGAACCAUUGGAAUCAUCUUCCAUGUGCUUCAUCAAGUGGUGGGAAAAGCACAAACUGGAUGUAUGGUCUAAAGAGUAAACAGYUCACACAGACAAGGGAAACCAUAAAAACAAUACUUACUGCAGAUUGUUAUUGAAUCAACAUCAAGAAGCUGAUACAAGAAGGAACCAGCUAUGGCUGUAGCUAUGAAGAUAGAGAUCUUUGGGGAUUCUUGCUCUAAUCGAAUGUGAAAUCCUAAGAAAAUUAGUUUGGACUAGAUUUGGGGUUUAAACAAYAUUGGUACAUGCUUGCUGCCUGACAAAUUCUGAGGGGUCCCUGGCUUCAGGGUGUGAUAGCUUAUGGGGGUCCUCACACUGCUGGGACACCUUGCAGCUCUGARGGAGAGCAUCUGGGACAGGCUUGGCUGGGGCUGGCUGGGCAGGGACAAAGAUGAACUUGGCUGUGACUGUAACAUCUGCUUCUGCCAAAAGAACAGGAUUGACAGCAUUAUUAUAGCACAGCCAGGCUCAGUAUAAGAAUGAAAGGAGAAGCUCCUGAUACUAAUUCCAAAUAUAUCUAAAUGGUUUAUCUGAAAAAUAAUAUUUUCUGUAGUCAUUGUUACAUCUCUAAUUAGUUCCUUCUAUUAAGCAUUUGCCUUGAAUUUAUCUAUUUAAUGCCAUAACUCACCAAAUUAAAUAGCAAAACACAGGGUUGGUUUUUUUGGGGGUUUUUUUUUGUUUUUUUAAAAAGCAGGGAGGUUGGUAUUGCAGCAAAACUGCAUGUAAGCAAUAAGAAGCUGUGCAGGGAAGGAAAAAACCCCACCAAUUGUCCCAUCAGAUGCUUAGGAGACUUGAUCAGUUGGUUGGGUGUUCUUCAAUGUUGACAAGGCUGCUUUGUAUCUAGGCAGAGGUUUUCCUUACUGAGCCAGGCUUUGRUGUCAAGACCAGACAGAUAAAGAAAUGUUUGGAGUCCUUUUAGCCCUUUUUCUGCUUCCAYUGUAUGUAAGAGGCUCCUCCUCUGUGCUUCUGAGAAAGGUGGAAAGGAGAUUCAGUGACAGUAGGAAGAGCACAGAGGGACAGGAGCUUCCAGCCUAUGCAAAGCAUCUCAGCACAAGACCCACAUCUCACCUUCUCUCUGAUUCCAACAGCACUGACCAAGGGGAGGAGUGGAGCCAUGCUGGGCUAACCCACAAGCAGAGCCCAGUGUUCUGUCCAUGCUGAGCAGCUCUUGCAGCCACUCUGGCAAUGGGAAUAACCAGUAUUUCCCUGAAGAGGCUGCAUCUGAGAAGACUCAUUUGCUUUGCUAAGCUGCAGGAAUACUUGGCAAGGCUAAGAGGUGUAUUUUUAAAUUUCUCAGAGUUAUUGCAGCAUCUGAAAGUGGCAGGG